AUGUUCAAGUCUCAGCAUAUGCCUAGUGCUAUAAAUUCUCCUGUAAGGGUACAAAUAAGGCAGAUGUCUAGAAAGAGGAUUGCUUAUCCGCCUUCUUCUUUCAAUGCAGCAACUCAAGGAAAAACUAAUAUUCAAAAAAAUCCAAAAGAUCACAGUACUCAACUACGUCAUGCUAUGUUUCAGUUUUUAGGGCCUCGUAAUUACAAGAAGGAAUAUGUACACAACAAAUAUUUUGCUCCUCCAAAGACACCCAACACAACAAAUUUUAUUAGACCAGAUCUGGAGAGGGGUAUCGUAUUACGCAAUCCUGUUACACAGCAACCACUUAUUUAUGAUACUGUUAAUAAAAAAUUAUCAUCAGCACCUUCGAAUUCUAUAUCUAGUUCAAAGAAUAGUUCUGGAGAGUUUAGGAGGCAACUUCAACCAUUUCCACAAAACCCUCAUUGCCAUACAAAUUAUAUAGUAACAGAAGAGUUAAAAGCCCGUAUAUAUGAAGAUAUACAUACCGAAGGAUUAUCUCCUCAACAAGUAUCUCUCAAAUACGGCUUAAAGGUAGCAAGGGUAGAGGCCAUUGAUCGAUUAUAUAAAAUUGAGCAAAAUUGGGAGAAUCAUGGACGUAUAAAAGGCUCUCUUAAAAAAAUGGCAAAUACAAUGGAAAAUUUAUUCCCAAUAUUUAGAGAAAAUAUUACCAAAGAAAAUUUAAGUGAAUUGCCAGUUCCAACAAGUGCGCUAACAUCUCGAUUUGUUACAUUACCGGAAUCUCAGCAUUUUGGUGCUCUUGAAGCUGCUGAAAUCUUGGGCUUAGAGCCUGCAGAAACAACUUUAAAAAAAUUAAGUGAAGUUGAUCCCACUGCAGAAAACACAACAAAAAAGCAUAAAGUCGUAUAUGGUGAGGUUCGUCAAGGUGACAGAUCUCUUUGGAGGUUUCAAGAAGCUAAAGUGGGACAUGUCGGUGUAAGAUAUGGUAGAUCAAAUAGAGAUAAUAAAACAGAUAGAAAGAUUGGAUUCGAUUCUUUAGGAAGAAUGAUUUAUAUUUGA